AUGCUUCUCUCUCCAGCCGUCCUCGUCCUGGGCAUCUCGCUAUCGGCCGCCCUCCUCCUUUACAAGCUCAUCAUCUACCCCGCCUUUAUUUCGCCGCUGAGCAAGAUCCCAGCGCCUCAUUGGUCAUGCCACAUUGCUCCCUUCUGGCUCUGGUGGGCCAAGUACUUCCACCAUGAAAACCGUCUUGUUCACGAGAAUCACUUGGCUAGAGGCGAGGCUCUGCGCUUGUCUCCGGGACUUCUGAGCCUCAACGGGUUUGAAAGAGCGCUGAAGCCUGUGUAUCUGGGCGGUUUCCCCAAAACCGAGUUCUACUUUCGAGGCUUCGCCAUCUACGGGACCGAGAACAUCUUCACCUUCGAGGAUAACGCAGCUCACUCCUCACGCAAGCGCAUCAUAUCCAACACCUUCUCCAAAUCGUUCGUCCUCAGUUCCCCUACCGCCCAGGGCUCGCUCAAAGAUGUCCUCUUCGGCCGCCUGCUACCCAUCCUCCACAACGCGGCGCAGACCGGGAAACCCGUGGAGGUGCUUGAGUUGAGCUACUCCUACUCGAUGGACUCCUUCGUCCAGUGGCAAUUCGGCAGGCGCUUCGGCAGCAAUCUCGUGGAGAAUCUUGACGAACGACGCCUCUACCUCGACGGAUUCUUCGCGGCGGCACCUUAUACCUUCUGGCAAUACGAGUUCCCACUGGUGAACAGCUUGUUAAAAUCGAUUGGCAUGAUCCCGGCCAAGGUCGACACGGGUUUUCAAGACAUUGAGGAUUGGAAUAUAGAAAAAUGCGACCGCGCAUACCAGCUCCUCAAAUCUGGCGAGAAGCUCUCGGAAGAGGACACGCCUGUUGUGUUUUCGCAAGCGGCCAAGAUGAUGAGCAGCAUGAAGCCUAGUGACACCGAAGAGGGCUAUGCCAACCGCCUCGCGAUCGCAAGCGACAUGUUUGCGCACAAUUCGGCCGCGCACGAGACCAGUGGGAACACCCUGGCGUAUGCCUACUACGAGCUCUCACGCCACCCCGAGGUCCAGAAGAAGCUCAGGGAAGAGCUUCUCACGCUCGACCCCCCUUUGAAGUUCCCCCAGGCGCCAGGCGAGUUUUCCCUGCCUGCCGCCAAGGACGUGGAUUCAUUGCCCUAUCUCGAGGCCGUCAUCAUGGAGACCCUUCGUCUCUACCCAUCUGUCCCCGGCGGUCAGCCCCGACUCGUGCCCAGGCAGUGCAGCCUGGGAGGCCACGACAACAUCCCCGCCGGCACGAUUGUUCAGUGCUACGCCUACGCUCUUCACCGAACCCCCGAGGUCUUCCCCGAACCAGAGAGAUGGAAUCCCGACCGGUGGGUCAAUGCCAGCAAGGAGCAGUUGAGCGAGAUGCGCCGCUACUUCUGGGCCUUUGGCAGCGGUGGCCGCAUGUGCAUAGGGAGCAACUUCGCAUGGUUUUCGAUGAAGCACAAUGUCGGGAGUGUUUACAGCAAUUUCACCACGGCGAUCCACGACCAUGGAGAUAUGACUUUGAUUGAUGCUUAUCUGGCUGGUCCCAAGGGACAUAGGCUCGAGAUCAAGUUUGAAAGAGUUCAAGAGUAG